AAGUCAGAGACGCCUCUCACCAUUUCUCAUUCUUUCUCUGCUUUUCUGCGGAGGUAACACCAUAAAAAACUUAAUGGGGAACUGUUGGAGUUUUCAAUCAGCUUCUGCUGUCAAUCACCGCAACUCCAUUACUGCACCCAACCCCAACAAUCGAUCAGGGAGUAUUCAGUUUUCUGCUGGUACAAGCAAUAAUAGAUUAAUACAGAGCAGUAAUUCUAUUUCUGUCGGGCACAGCAGCCACUCCGGAGGAUUCAGCAGGUUCUUUGGACCAAGUAGUAGUAAUAAUUACUCAACAGGAAAUAACACCAGCACGUCCUUUUUGGGCUCUGACAAUAGCCAAGCCUCUCGAGUGAGGGAUGAAGAGGAGAGGGGGCAAAUAUUGGAUGUUGCAGAUCUGAGAGUAUUUACUUUGGCAGAACUGAAAGCAGCCACCAAAAAUUUCAGAGCAGAGACUCUGUUAGGAGAGGGGGGAUUUGGUAAAGUAUACAAGGGUUUGAUUAGAGCUGAGGGGUUGGCUAUUGCCAUCAAGAAGUUGACUUCUGGAAGCAAGCAAGGAGUUUCGGAAUGGCAGUCAGAGGUUAAUUUCUUAGGGAGGCUUUCUCAUCCCAACCUUGUUAAGUUGCUGGGAUUUGGGAGGGAGGAUAGUGAACUGUUUCUGGUGUAUGAAUUUAUGCCUCGUGGGAGCUUGGAUAACCAAUUAUUUGGAAGAGGUGCAAAUGUUCGGCCACUUUCUUGGGACACAAGGCUAACAAUUAUGAUUGGAGCAGCUAGGGGGCUUCAUUUCCUUCACAGCUUGGAGAAUGCCAUUAUAUAUAGGGAUUUUAAGCCCUCAAAUAUUCUCCUCGACUCAAAAUAUGUGGCUAAGUUAUCAGAUUUUGGCUUAGCCAAAUCUAUCCCUUCGCCUGAUCAGAGUCACAUAUCAACACAUGUUGUGGGAACACACGGCUACGCUGCUCCUGAGUACAUUGCAACAGGUCAUUUGUACGUGAAAAGUGAUGUGUAUGGAUUUGGAAUUUUUUUGGUGGAGCUGCUGACUGGCAAGAGGAUUAGUGGUAUAAUGCAACUAUGUGGGGAAACGCCGUUGAGGGAUUGGGUCAAAAGAAAUCUUUUAAAUAGAGGGUAUAUAAGAAACACUAUGGAUGCAAAGUUGGAAGGCAAGUAUCCAUCAAACUUAGCUUUACAAACGGCUCAACUAGCUCUCAAAUGCAUCCAAAUAGAGCCCAAAGUAAGGCCAUCAAUGAAAGAAGUUCUUGAAAGAUUGGAGCAGAUUGAAUCAGCCAAUGAAAAACCGGCUGAUAACAGAAGACGGGUUAACCGUCCUCGGGUUGUUCAACAACAUGGCCGUCCAGAUGGUGGCUAAUUGAACUGAACCCAUCAUUUUCAUAUUCCCUUGAAGCUGAUCGAUUGUGGACUUGAAGAACAUAUUGCUAAAAAAAGUGUCUUUGCUCCAGUGC